AUGAGCGAAACACUUCUCUCCAUCCUAACAGGAGAAACCUGGUCCUGGGACCCAUACGAAUUCAAUCAAAUCACAUUCAACAAAGACGGCACAGGCACACUAAUCUGCCGCCUCGAGCUAGUCGUCUGGAUUGCUGCAGAAUUCGAGUGGAAACCCACCGACCCAGAAUGCCUCAAUCAAUCCAUCGACCUACCCGCAAACCCAUCCAAACGCUCGUCUCUCCUCACUCAAUUCAACAUCGAGAUGACGCUCACCACACGCCGUCCUACUAUACUAGGAGAUUCGAUAAACCGUCGCAUCAUAAAUGAACAGCUCUUGACGGAUGCGGCGUUCCUGCCGAAGGAAUACACGGUGAAGUUGGAGACUGGGCGACUUCUUUGCGCGUCAGAUGCUGGGGGUGGAUAUAGUGAUUCGCCAUGGUUCGGGGCUCGUUUGUCCUUUGAUAAGUCGCCGUAUCCGCCGCGGGAGGAGUGGAAGGAAACGGGUGGUGGCGUGGAUGCGAAUGAGUUCUGGGAGUGGAGGGAGUUUUGCUCCAGGAGGCUUCCUAAGACGGGGUUGUUGUCGUGGGUUUGGGGGAGUUUGGGGGGUUGA